AUGUCUGUAGGUGAACCCCUUCUUUUAGGUGGUUAUCUGUGUGGAGGUAGUGAUGGUACUGAUUACUUGGACUCUGCUUGGGGUCUGGAACAACCCUGUGCAGGGAGUGCGGUGGUUUCUUUUAAUGACCCUUCACAUAAGACUUUAGAAGUCUCUGAGCAUUCUUCUGGGUUCUACUAUGUGUCGUAUCGGACUUGUGAGUAUUCUGACUAUAACAAUUCCGAUGAACAGUCACUCACUUUUGACAGUUAUAGGAUUCCAGAAGAUGAUCUAGAAUUGGGUCAAUCACGUUUAUUAGAAGUGGACAAUAGAGUGGUUCUACCAGCCAAAACUCAUCUACGUAUUAUUAUAACACCUGUUGAUGUACCUCAUAGUUGGGCUAUACCUUCCUUAGGUGUCAAAUGUGAUGUUGUACCUGGUCGUUUAAAUCAGAUCUCCAUUUUGGAGAAGCGCCCUCGAUCAAACAAACUGUGA